AAACCCACGGGGAUGGGGUGGAAAGGGAGUCUAAUGCAUCUGAUUCAAGGUUGGAAUGGGGUGGAGAAGGCAAAAAUCCAGCCUGCCGCCCCAACUUAUUGAAAUUCCCAAGACCAUGAUACUCAGUAAAGAGGCGAACUGAACCUUUUUUAGGAUUAAAAUAGAGUACGAUUACAACGGCGACGUUUAGUUCAGGCAGAACAAGGAAAAGCGAGAGAAAAUUGCUCGCUGCGACAAAAAAUCAAAAGACGCAGCUGCUUCCAUGGCGAUUAGGUCACUGAUAACGAAUCAUCUGAGAAAAAACAGUUACUGCCAUAAACUUCAAUUCGAAGCAAGAAACCUCUUUAAAUCUUUAUUACCAAUCAGUAAAGCCAGCACUAAGUAUAAAUAUAUUCAUAGCAGCAGCAGCAGCCGCCUUGAAACUGAAAUUUUGAGACUGAAAAGCCCAAGCAGAGUGCUUCAAGAUUGGAUCAACAACGGAAACAAGGUUAAGCUCUCCCAGCUCAAUUUGAUCUCUAAACAACUCCUCAAAUCUAAGCGCUACAAACAAGCCCUUGAGAUAUUACAAUGGAUGGAAAAUCAAAACAACUUUCGCAUAACGCCGGGGCAUCAUGCUUUAAUGAUGGAAUUGAUUGUUAAAGUGAAUGGUUUAAAUAAGGCUGGAGAGUAUUUUGAACGAAUUCCCGGUUCAGGCUCUAAAAAAGCUGCGUCUUUGCCUCUUUUACAUGGUUAUGUGAAAGAAAGAGAUAUCAGUAAAGCUGAGAGUUUCAUGAUCAAGUUGAGUUCCUCGGGCCUCCUUGUGACCCCUCAUCCGUACAAUGAGAUGAUGAAGCUUUACAUGGCUCUGUCUCAGUAUGAGAAAGUGCCUCUUGUGAUUGCAGAGAUGAAGAGAAACAAGUUAUGUCGAAAUGUUCUUUCUUAUAAUCUUUGGAUGGGUGCCUUUGGAGAGGUCUUUGAGGUUGCCAAAGCGGAGAUGGUUUACAAGGAAAUGGUGAGUGAUGAAAAUGUUGAGGUGGGCUGGAGUACGCUAGCUAGUUUGGCUAAUGUUUAUAUCAAGGCAGGGUUUGUUGAUAAAGCUCUUUUGGUGCUUAAAGAUGCGGAGAUGAAGUUGUCUACUAAUGGCCGGCUUGGUUACUUCUUUCUCAUUACGUUGUAUUCAUCUUUGAAGAAUAAAGAGGGAGUUCUUCGGCUUUGGGAAGCAAGUAAAGCGGUUGGUGGGAGGAUCCCUUGUGCUGAUUAUAUGUGCGUAAUUUCAUGCUUGGUUAAGGUAGGUGACCUUGUAGCAGCAGAGCAGGUAUUUGCAGAAUGGGAGACAAAUUGUUUCAAGUAUGAUAUUAGAGUCUCGAAUGUGCUUCUAGGUGCAUAUGUACGGAAUGGAUUGAUGGGAAAAGCUGAAUCGUUUCAUCUUCAUACAGUUGAGAGAGGUGGGUGCCCAAAUUACAAGACUUGGGAGAUUCUAAUGGAGGGAUGGGUGAAAAGCCAAAAGAUGGAUAAAGCCAUUGAUGCCAUGAAGAAAGGCUUUUCUGUGUUGAAGGUGGAACGUUGUGAUUGGAGGCCAUCGCACAGUAUUUUGAUGGCCAUUGCAGAGCACUUUGAGAAGCAUGGAAAUUUUGAAGAUGCAAAUCACUACAUUAAGGCUGUUCACGGUUUGGGUGUUGCAACUUUACCUUUGUAUAAACUAUUCCUUAGAAUGUACCUCAAUGCUCAGAGACCAGCAUGGGACAUCCUUAAAAUGAUGGAGAAGGAUAGGAUUGAGCAGGAUGAUGAAACUUCUGCCCUUGUUGCCUUGAACUCAUGAUUGAUGGCAUAAGUCAUUGCAGUAGAUUUGGAGAUGGCAUUGGUAACUGAGACCAAUGGAUGAUGCUCCGACCUUGUUGAAAUGGGUAGGGUGUUUUCUUUCUUUGCUGAAAAACAAAUUCUGUUUUGGAUAUAUUGGUUAAUAACUGGAGGUUAUGGUUUUAGUGUUGCCUGAACCGAUUUCAUCCAGGAGUACUUUGCUAAAUUACUGUUGCAAAUAAGUUAAAGGAAAUUAAAAGAGAAGGGUACAAUUGCUCUCCAAUUUGGCAAAGCUUUUUUUAUUUGCGCCAUGCUUAACAUGAAUAAUUGAUGAGUACUUCCAGAUGGCUUGUUGAUGGUGUGCAUCAAAGCAUGUGCGAUCAUAGAUGGUGCUGAAGGCUUCACUCUUUCAGGCUGUCAAUAACUCUUGUGGCAUCCAUGGAUUUUGUUUUACACGGAGCUUACCUUUAAGACAUUGUCCAUCAGAUCAAAAACAAAGAAUCAAGGUGCUGCAACUUCCUGCCAACUUGCAAAUGCACUUGUAUUUGUGUCACCUGGAAACCAGGUAGGAGUUGGCUCUCCUGGAGAGGACUUGAAUCAGCAUCCAUCUGAUAGUUUGAGUUGCAUGUCAGAAGAGCAUGGUGAAUGUGGUUUGGUUGACGCUCUUGCAGUGGCGAUUUCCCAUUUUAAGAUGUUGGAGCCAAAGAGGAGUAGAUUAUGUGGACCCACCGGCCCAAUAGAGCAGCAGUGUUCAUCUAACAUCUCAGCUAACAAUCUGUGUAGAGCAUUUUGAUUUUGCUGACAGACUGACACCACUAACAUUGCUCUUCUCCACUGUUUUGCGAGCUGGGAAAGGAUUCAAAACAACCACACCCUAACUCCAAUAUUCAGUGGGAGCAUUUGUUGCAACAGUGCUGGGAGUUGCAUAAAAGAGCUCGACUCUUUGAGCAGAGAAGUAAUAAUGUCGAAGUUGCACCAUAGCUGAUGCCCUCGAGAUUGGAAUGCGACUGCUACUCUCUCUCAACUGCUAAAGUGCCACCGUCAAUUAUGGAUCUUGAUUCUAAACCUUAUAAACAAUAGGCCAUUGUUUUCGAACAUGAACUGCUGAACUUGGAAAUGUGGAGUAGCAUCUUCUGUUA